AUGGAGCAAGCCAGCCUCGCCAUGAAAACACCCAGCAGUGUCAUCAAAUGCCGGGCAGCUGUUGCCUGGACAACCAAUGCCCCCCUUUCCAUUGAGGAGGUUGAAGUUGAUCCACCAAAGGCUGGUGAGGUCCGAAUUAAGAUUUUAUACUCCGGGGUCUGUGGUACUGAUAACCAUAUCCUGGAAGGGAAAGACAAAAUGCCACUUCCUAUCAUCUUGGGCCAUGAGGGAGCUGGGCUUGUGGAGAGUGUCGGGCAAGGCGUAGCUACCGUAAAGCCAGGAGAUAAAGUUUUAAUGCUUCCGCUUCCAGAAUGUAGAAAAUGCAUCUACUGCCUCCACCCGAAGGGCAACCUCUGUGAGAAAGAGAAUAUUCUCUCUCCGACGGGAUUAAUGUUGGAUGGAACCAGCAGAUUUACCUGCAGAGGGAAGAAAAUCUAUCAUCUUUACGGGACCAGCACCUUCACGGAGUAUACCGUGGUAGAUGAAAUUGCCGUGGCGAAGAUCGAUGCUGCUGCUCCCAUGGAUAAAGUCUGUAUCAUGAGCUGUGAGGUGCCGACAGGCUUUGGAGCUGUGUUUAAUACAGCGCAGGUCACCCCUGGCUCCACCUGCGUGGUUUUUGGACUCGGAGGAAUUGGCUCAGCCAUUGUCAUGGCCUGCAAAGCUUCUGGUGCUUCUAGAAUCAUCGGGGUUGACAUCAAUGAGAAGAAGUUUCCCCGGGCAAGAGCCUUGGGUGUCACUGAUUGUCUCAACCCUAGAAAGCUCCAGAAGCCUGUCCAGGAGGUGGUGAUGGAAAUGACGGGUGUGGGUGUUGACUUUGCCUUUGAGGCCAUCGGCCUCAUUGAAACCAUGGUCUCAGCGUUGAAGUCUUGCAAUAUGAGCUACGGAGUGUGUGUGAUUAUGGGAGUUGCUCCAACAGGUUCACAGCUCUCUUUUGACCCAAUGGUGCUUCUCCCAGGGAGAACCUUGAAAUCUUCUAUUAUGGGAGGGUAUAAAACCAGAGACGACAUCCCUAAACUAGUGACGGACUACGUACAAAAGAAAAUCAACAUAGACGCUCUUAUAACCCAUAAGCUGCCCUUUGAAAAAGUCAACAAAGCAUUCAAAUUGUUGCGAGAGGAAAACUGCAUCCGCUGCAUCCUCUCGCUCUAA